AUGACUAAAAGAAGAGAGCAAAAAUUUCCCCAAAAGAAAAAGGAUUCUAACACAAACAAACCAAUAAUAAAUCGUCUACUCUUGGAAGAUGACACUGCUUUGGAUAACCAUAGUUCAAAGUACCGAUCAAUAAUAAAAGAGUUCUGUGCUUUUCUAUGUGAAUGCAAGGAUGUGUUGGAUGAGGCAACUACAAUGAAACUUUUAGAGAGUUAUGGCCGGGUUGAAGAGUCGAUGUUUUUUGCCAAUUUAAAGGAGCAGUAUGAAAUCUUAAUUCAUCAUUUCAUACAGCUUCAUGAUUGGGUUGCUUCUAGCUCCUCUGGAUCCACAAGGGAUUGCAUUCUACUUGGAGCUUGUGAAGCACAUGAGACUCUUCCACAAAGUGCUGAAUUUCCUGCAGAUGUGUUUACGUCUUGUCUCACAACACCUAUUAAGAUGGCUUUGAGAUGGUUUUGCAGACGCUCAUUACUACAUGAAUCUCUUUAUGAGUCGCUAAUUGAUAAAAUCCCGGGCCACCAAAAUGACCGCAAAACACUUUUGGGGGGAAUUAAAUUGGAUUUUCACUACAGUGACUGAUACCAUUG